CUCAAAGCAUAUACGUCUUUUAUCCUCUGUUAUGUACUUUUAAUAACGGACUAAUGGACUACGCAAAAGAAAUUUCAGAUCUGUUUGGAUCUGGACUUGAACAUGUUAUUUUGUUUCAUUUCUUGAGUUUUUUGUAUUUAGCAAAGCAUAUACUUCUUUCAAUCAUCUGUUAUAUUGAUUUAAUAACAGAGGAAAGGAAUAUGCAAAAGAAAUUUCAGAUCUUUUUGGAUCUGGACUUGUUCAUGGCUUUUUGUUUCAUUUCUUGAUCUUCUUGUAUUUCUCAAAGUGUGUACUUCUUUCAAUCCUCUGUCAUAUACAUUUAAUAACAGAAGAAACGAAUAUGCAAAAGAAAUUUAAGAUCUUUUUGUAUCUGGACUUGGUACAUGUUUUUUUGUUUCAUUUCUUGAGUUAUGUACAUUUAAUAGAAGAGGAAUGGUUUAUGCACAAGAAAUUUCACAUCUACUUUGAUCUGGAUUUUUUGCAUUUUUUUGUUUCAUUUCUUUAGUUUUUCCAUUGCUUGAUUUUUUUUUAUAAUACUUAAGUAUACUCAUUUGUCAUUUUUUUUUUCCGGGUCAUUUGCAUUCUUGUCUGGGGGUAGCAAUUUUGGCCCAAACCCAAUUGACCCGCCCAACCCGCCCAGAUUUUCAUGGGUGUGGGCCUGGCAUACAAUUAUAAUGGGCUAAGUUUGGGCUAACCCAACUUAACCCAUUUGUCAUAACCCAAAUCAGUCCAUUACUUUAGCCCAAAUUGAUCCAUUCAUUAUUGAAAAAAUGACAUAAAUUACCAGUCUUUAUUACAUAACUAUACUUUUUCUUAUUUACAAAACUUAAGACUAUAAAAUAUAAGAAUCUUCAUUUAUCAUUUUUUAUAAUAUAUUUUUUUAAAAAAAAUAUAUUUUUUUUAAAAUUUAAGUUUUUUUUUUUUUUUCUUUCUCAGUGCUUAUAAAAAUCCUACUCUUGUCCAUAAUUUGGACUGGACAUUAUAUUUUUGCUCUUCAAAUGGAGGUUCUUAUUUUUUCCCUUUUAAAUGGGCUGUUAUUUAAUUUUUGCCCGUUGUGAGGACUGGUCUUGAAUUUGGGCCCAUUUGAAGAGCUCAAUUUGAAGACAAUACAGUCCCAUUUCAAAUUCGUGAUUUACUAUGACCGUCUCCAAGGUAACACACUUUAAGUUUCUUAUAAAUAAUUGUUCAAUAUGAUCUGGAUUUUUUGCAUUUUUUUAUACAUAAUAUGGGCAGGACUUUAAUUUUUUGCUCUUCAAAUGGAGGGUCUUAUUUUUUUUCCUUUCAAGUGGGCUGUUAUUUAAAUUUUGCCCAUCGUGAGGGCUGGUCUUGAAUUUGGGCCCAUUUGAAGAGCUAAAUUUGAAGACAAUACAGUCCCAUUUCAAAUUCGUGAUUUACUAUGUGGCUUAUUCUCCAAGUUAAGACACUUUAAGUUUCUUAUAAAUAUUCGUUUCCCAAUUUCAAGAGCAGUUGUCUCAUAUUUCAAAAUAAUUUUUCUGAAAAAAUGACUUGUUGUUUUUGUUCAUACUUUUCUGCUAAUUCACCAGCUGCUUGUGAUGGAAUGCCUUGUCUGUUUAAGGUGUCUAUUCCUUGGAAUACGAUCCUAGAUGAAGAUUUUGCGAUUGAUUUUAAAAGUUUGAUAGAUUCAAAGUAUGAUGGUGAUAUUAAUCAACUUAUGGCAGAAUUUGCUGCUGUUGCAGCAGCACAACAUUUGAUUGGAUCAACUACGAAGUAUAUUUUACAAAGGAUGCUGCGAUUUUCCUUAAGUGAGAGGUCGGCGGACAUGUUUUGUGAUGAUAUAUUUGAGAAUAACCUGCUGGCAUCAGGAAAAUGCGGAUGGUUUUAAAAAAAACAUAAAGGAGAGGGGAGUUGGACUACGACACUGUGAACUGUGGGGCUUGAACUACGACGCUCUCGGAUGGGAGGGGGAAAUCGCUCACUCGAUAAUUAAGAUGGACGAGAUGGAGAGAAAGAUGAGGAUGAAGAUGAAUACGAUAGCAUUAGCGUCAUUCCUGAGACUGACGAAGAUUAGAAUAUUUACAUUAAUAAGAUAUCGUUUAUAUUUUUAAUGAAGUCGGACUUCAUUAUAUAUAUAUUUUGGUAUUUCGUCUAUUAAAAAACGAAAUGUGAAUUUUUUUUUAUUUCGUUCAUAUCAAAACGAAAUUGGAAUAUAUAUAUAUAUAUAUAUAUUUAUAACGCAGUAAA